AUCAGCCAGCUAUGACAUCCAUUGGACUGAUAAUUUUGCUGCUGCUGCUGCUGCAGCAUUCCAGUGUGCUGUUCGCCUGGCAGGACUACAAGGACUACCAUGUCUUUGAGCUGACACCGCGAGAUGCCAACGAAGAGAGCCUACUACGAAAGUUGGCCAGGGAGAAGCCGCAAUGGGAUUUCUUGGGUUCACGUCGCAGGGAAAACGAGAGCACGGUUCGGGUUAUGGUGCCACACGAGGAAGCCUCCAGUUUGGUUAGCCUCUUCGACAGCCACCAACUGAAACAUCGCCUGCUGAUCGAGGAUCUGGCACCGCUGGUGCAGGCACAGCGAGCGGAGAAUCUGCGUAGCAGGCUGCACCUGCAACUGCCCCACAUCGAUGUGCUGGCGGCCUUCUACACGCACGCCGAGAUCAAUGCGUACCUGGACAGCCUGCCCGAGCGGUAUCCGAAGCGGGCACAGGUCAAGCAGUUUGGCUGGAGCUACGAGCGUCGUCCCCUCAAAGUGCUGACGAUCAGCAACGGGGAUGGACGUCGCAACAAGCCGGUGAUCCUCAUCGAUGGUACUGUGCAUGCGCGCGAGUGGAUUUCCCCGUCGAUGGCGCUGUACAUUAUCCAGCAGCUGCUGGAAAACUAUGCGGAAAAUCAGGAACUGCUGCAGGACUACGAUUGGGUCAUUAUGCCCGUGGUGAAUGCCGAUGGCUAUGAGCACACCCACACGGUGUCCCGCUACUGGCGCAAGACACGGAAGCCCACCACCGAUCCUGAGUGUGUGGGCACCGAUAUCAAUCGCAACUUUGCCCACGAAUGGGGACGCGAUGCGGGCUCUUCGUCGGAUCCCUGCGAGGAUAUAUACCGUGGCGAGCGUCCCUUCGAUCAGCCCGAGUCGCAGGUCCUGCGGGACCUUCUGCUGCACUACAGUCAGCGUUUGAACUUUUACCUGUCGCUGCACUCGUACGGCAACUAUUUGCUCUUGCCUUGGGGAUACACAAAGGACUUCCCGGAUAACUACCAGGACAUGAUGGCCGUGGCCGAAGCCGGUGCCAUGGCAAUUGUUCAUGCCACCAACGGCAUCUAUAGUUAUGGCAGCACCUUCUAUUUGCUGUAUCCCACCUCGGGUGAUACGACUGACUAUGCGCUGGGCGUGGCCAAUGCGACAGUGGCGAUGACCAUGGAGCUGCCAGCCGGUGGAUUCCUCGGCUUCGAUCCUUGGGUUUCGCACAUCGAGGGCCUCGUCACCGAGAGUUGGGUGGGCGUGCGUGCCAUGGCCGUGGAGGUGAUAAGACGUUACCCCACAAUAGUGGAGGACCGUAAAUAAAGAGACAUUAAUUCGUCGGAUUGCGCCAGUUCUGCUGA